UUCACUGCCACACCGGUGGCGAAGAGCGACUCCUCUGUUGAGACUCACGGUUCCCGUCGACCUUACCGCCGGCGGCCGGAGCAAUCCCAUCGUCGUUAGGUUUGUUUUAGUUUGUUGUCGCAGGGGCGAGCAGGCAAAAACCCUGGAUAAACCUGCAUGGCUUCCGUUCAUGUUUUUCCGAAGUCCCCCUCUCUGCCACCGUCUUUGCGGCCCACCAUUCGCUUUGCCAGUCCCACUUCUUUCCAAACUUCGUCGUUUUUGCCCUAUCGUCUCCGGCGACAUCGUUUAAUACUCAAUUCCUCAUCACCGGUCACUGCCACUCCCGUUGCCGCGUCCUUGAAAGAAACAUUGGGGUCUGUUCGAAAGACUUGGAGCGAUUUUACGAGCAUGAAUUAUUGGGUUGUUCGUGAUUACUAUCGUCUUGUGAAAUCCGUUAAUGAUUUUGAGCUGCAGAUACAGAGCCUCACUGAUGAGCAGCUCACUGCAAAGACAUCGGAGUUCCGGAGAAGGCUUGGACUGGGGGAGACGUUGGCAGACAUUCAAGCUGAGGCUUUUGCGGUGGUUCGCGAAGCCGCAAAACGGAAGCUUGGGAUGCGCCAUUUUGAUGUACAGAUUAUUGGUGGAGCAGUGCUUCAUGAUGGUUCCAUAGCAGAAAUGAAAACUGGUGAAGGGAAAACGUUAGUUUCUACGUUGGCAGCAUAUCUGAAUGCCCUGACGGGUGAAGGUGUACAUGUUGUAACUGUGAACGACUAUCUGGCUCAACGUGAUGCUGAAUGGAUGGGUCAUGUUCAUCGCUUUUUAGGUUUAUCAGUGGGUUUGAUACAGAGGGGGAUGACGGGCGAAGAGAGGAGAGGCAACUAUAGCUGUGAUAUCACUUACACGAAUAACUCGGAACUUGGUUUCGAUUAUCUACGAGACAAUCUAGCUGGAAAUAAUGGACAACUUGUGAUGAGAUGGCCAAAGCCAUUCCAUUUUGCUAUAGUUGAUGAAGUUGACUCAGUUCUAAUUGAUGAAGGAAGAAAUCCUUUAUUAAUAAGCGGUGAGGCUAGCAAAGAUGCUGGACGAUAUCCAGUUGCAGCUAAGGUAGCGGAGCUGCUUGUGAAGGGAAUUCAUUAUAACGUGGAACUGAAAGACAAUUCGGUUGAGUUGACUGAAGAAGGAAUUGCGAUGGCAGAGAUUGCUCUUGAAACCAAUGAUUUAUGGGAUGAAAAUGAUCCAUGGGCCAGAUUUGUGAUGAAUGCACUCAAAGCUAAAGAGUUCUAUCGACGGGAUGUCCAGUAUAUAGUUAGGAACGGCAAAGCUCUCAUAAUAAAUGAGCUGACGGGCAGAGUGGAAGAAAAAAGAAGGUGGUCUGAGGGAAUACAUCAGGCAGUAGAGGCCAAAGAAGGUCUGAAGAUUCAGGCUGAUUCAGUUAUAGUGGCACAAAUCACAUAUCAAUCAUUAUUUAAGCUCUAUCCAAAGUUGUCAGGGAUGACUGGAACUGCGAAAACUGAGGAAAAAGAGUUUCUGAAAAUGUUUCAGACGCCUGUAAUUGAAGUGCCCACAAACUUGCCAAACAUACGUAAAGAUUUACCUAUCCAAGCUUUUGCAACUGCUAGAGGAAAAUGGGAAUAUGUUCACCAAGAAGUUGAGUACAUGUUCAGACAAGGUCGUCCUGUUUUAGUUGGUACCACCAGUGUUGAAAAUUCUGAAUAUUUAUCUGACUUGCUGAAGGAACGAAAAAUUCCCCACAAUGUCUUGAAUGCACGACCCAAGUAUGCAGCUAGGGAAGCUGAAACUGUCGCACAAGCUGGAAGGAAAUAUGCCAUCACCAUUUCAACAAAUAUGGCUGGCAGAGGCACUGACAUAAUUCUAGGAGGAAAUCCAAAAAUGCUUGCGAAAGAAAUUAUGGAAGAUAGCCUGCUUUCAUUUCUGACAAAAGAAUCUCUUGAUUAUGAAAUUGAUGGUGAAGAAGUUUCAAGGAAGGUGUUGUCCAAGAUAAAUGUUGGACCAUCGUCAUUAGCUUGGCUAGCCAAGACAGCUUUAAUGGCUAAAUAUACAUGCAAAAAUGAAGGUAAAAGCUGGACAUAUAAAGAGGCAAAAUCCAUGAUCUCAGAGUCAGUGGAAAUGAGCCAGUCUAUGAAUAUUAAAGAGUUAGAGAGGCUGGCUGAUGAACAGAUCGAGACGUACCCUCUUGGCCCCACUAUAGCUCUUGCUUAUUUGUCAGUUCUAGAGGAUUGUGAAGUGCACUGUUUGAAAGAAGGGGCUGAAGUAAAAAGACUUGGAGGCCUUCACGUUAUAGGAACAUCUUUACAUGAGUCCCGGAGAAUUGAUAACCAGCUUCGUGGGAGAGCAGGAAGACAAGGAGACCCUGGAUCAACCCGGUUUAUGGUCAGCUUGCAGGAUGAGAUGUUUCAAAAGUUCAAUUUUGAUACAGAAUGGGCUGUGAGACUCAUUUCUAAAAUAACUAAUGAUGAAGAUAUUCCAAUUGAAGGUGAUGCAAUUGUGAAACAGCUCUUGGCCCUACAAAUCAAUGCAGAGAAAUACUUCUUUGGCAUACGAAAAAGCCUAGUUGAAUUUGAUGAAGUGUUAGAGGUGCAGCGCAAGCAUGUCUAUGACCUUCGACAGUCAAUUUUGACUGGCGGUAAUGAGAGUUGUUCACAACACAUAUUUCAGUACAUGCAAGCUGUGGUAGAUGAGAUCGUCUUUAAUCAUGUUGAUCCAAUGAAGCAUCCGCGAAGCUGGAGUUUGGGUAAACUUGUGCACGAGUUUAAGACAAUCGGAGGGAAGAUAUUGGAAGACAUGGGCGCAGAAAUCACUGAGGAAAGGUUAUUAAAAGCCAUCACAAAAUUACAUCAAACGGUCUCCACAGAUGCUGGUAACUUCGACUUUCCUGAAAUGCCAAAACCUCCUAAUGCCUUCAGAGGAAUUCGCAUGAAAAAUUCUUCACUGGAACGCUGGCUUUCUAUCUGCUCUGAUGAUUUGACACCAAAUGGCAGGUACAGGAUGAUUGCUAACCUACUUCGCAAAUACCUUGGGGAUUUUGUAAUUGCUUCGUAUUUAAAUGUUGUUCAAGAAUCUGGUUAUGAUGAUUUAUACGUGAAGGAAAUUGAGAGAGCAGUUCUUGUGAAGACUUUAGAUUGUUUCUGGAGAGAUCAUCUCAUAAACAUGAAUAGACUCAGUUCAGCGGUAAAUGUGAGAAGCUUUGGGCAUAGGAACCCUCUAGAGGAAUACAAGAUCGAUGGUUGUCGAUUUUUCAUCUCAGUUCUCAGUGCAACGAGAAGACUAACUGUGGAAUCACUCUUGCGUUAUUGGUCAUCCCCAAUGGAAACGCAAGAAAUAUUUUUUUGAUUAUCCAAUAAGAUUUUCAUGCUAUAUAGCCUAGCAAUUACCUCCUGAUUACUGAUCUGCCUACCAUUAUGCUUCUAAACCAAACAUUCUUCCCCCUCCCUAAUCCAAGCUGGGUUGCUGCAGAUUUCUUUUUGAUUAGGAAGGUUGAUGUUAUUGCCCAGCUUGCAUUUUGGUGAUCCUAGGUUUUGAAGCAUUGACUUCCUGAAGAUGUUUUCGCUGAUGAGUUUGUCAACCACUGGGGCACAACUCGAUUCACCAUCAUCGAUCGAUUUGUUGUAUACUUGUGAAGUUAUUUAUAUUGCGCGUGACUGGAUGACUCAGAAUAGCAUGGAGGUCCGUAAAAGAGUUGCUGCCUAGUAAAAGGAACUCAUCUUCUUAAUCAUGUAGAAUGUACAUAUAAGAGUUUCUAGUGGUUAAUUUACUUGUAAUGAGGAAUAUAGAGGUUUAAAGGUUUUAUUUUUCUCUGUAACGGUUUUGGGUUUGUCAUGUUUUUCCAUAGCCAUGUAAUGUUUUGAAAAUGUAUUUUUAUGUUCAAUUAUUGAAAAGUAUUGUCAUAUAA